ACCAAUGUAUAUUGUCUUGAAUUGUGAUUUUGAUCGGAUAGAGGAUAGACGCUAGUGACAAUGCACCGUUCGGUUUUUCUAGUGUUAGUUUCAACGAUAGUUAGUUAUUGUGAAGGUUACAGUAGUACGUUUGACAACUAUCUGUAUGAGACAGUUCUGAAUUCAACGGAAUGUGACGAGCAGUUGCAUUUCUUGGUAAACAGUACCUUAAAAUGGAGAUUCAUCGACGCCAGUGCCAAGAUACCAUCAGGAAUUUUAUCUGGCAACGUGAACGACCUCGGUGAUUACUAUCAAUGUCUUGAUAUAAAUCAACACAUAAAGAAUAUGGAUGUACAGGGAAAAUACUGCACUGUUACUGUACCGCUUGAUCAAGUAAUCCAAUUACCAGAAUGGCCAGAUGUGAAUUGGCCUAACAUAACAUUACCAGAAAUUCCACGGCCGCCUCUAGAUAAUGAAACUAUGAGAGAUAUAGAGUCAUAUUAUAAAUUAAGGAAAUGGGCCAUGAUGAUGGCUAGUCUGGACAGACAAGUCGAUUCGGUUGAAGAUAUAAGUACUAGAGUAUUCCCCAUGAUGACUACAGCGCAGUAUGGGCCAACAUUCGCAAUAUGUAUUCCCAAGGUGUGUUCUACUAAGCAAGCGAUGGACUUCAUACAAGACAGAUACCCUUUCUUCAAUAUAGAGUACAACGAAUCUUUUUGCCGCCUGCCCAAUGAUAAACCUUUCACACCUGCGGACAAAGUCGCAAUUACCGUGUUUUCGAUAAUUGGAUUUUUAAUAAUCAUCAGCACCGCAUACGAUUGUUACCACGUAUUUAUUUUGAAGACAGAAACGAACGUGCUUCACCGAGCAUUCUCCGUUUAUACAAACACAAGAAGGUUUCUUACCUUCAAAACACAUCCUGGCGCUUUAGAAUGUGUGGACGGUAUUCGAGCAAUUUCCAUGGCCUGGGUUGUGAUCGGGCAUACGUACGCUUUGACUUUACUAGGUUUUGUUCACAACUUGGAAGAAACAUUAGGAUGGUUACGCAAGUUCUCGAGCACUUGGGUCAAUUCAGCGCCACUCACAGUGGACACAUUCUUCCUGCUCAGUGGUUUACUUGGUGUUUAUACAACAGUCGGAAAAAUAAGUAGAGAUCGCUUCAUCAGAGUUAUUCACUUGUUUUACAUAAAUCGUUUACUACGAAUGUUUCCUCUCCUGGCUACAAUGGUUCUCCUCCAAGCCUCGCUUCUCAAUCACGUGUCGGACGGACCGUUCUGGCAGAACGUGGCUCUCGCUACUGAGAACUGCAGACAGUACUGGUGGUCGGCCUUAUUACAUAUUCAGAAUUAUGUCAAUUCUAAUCAAAUCUGUUUGACUCACACAUGGUACUUAUCUGUGGAUAUGCAGCUGUAUAUAGUCUGCCCAAUUAUAUUACUGAUGCUGUUUGGUGACAAGAAGAUCGCGUACAUAGCACUGGCUGGAAUUCUUCUACUCUCUCUUGUAUCAUCUACUCUGAUUAGCUUCUUAUACAACUUCUCUGCUGCCCUCGCUCACCCAGAUCGCAUAUCCGAAUUUGGGAACUACGCUAAAUACUAUUAUUUCAACACUCUCGCCAGGGCGCCGCCGUUCUUUGUUGGCAUGAUAUUCGGUUAUCUGUUGCACUUAUGGAAGGACAGGAAUAUUCGAAUCUCAAAGAUAAAUGUGGCACUCCUAUGGAGCCUUUCUUUUGCAAUGAUGGCAUUUUGUAUAUUUAGUGUUUACCCAGUGAUGCAGUUGGAGCACGAUGCUCAGAUCUUCGACAACUUCUUGAAUGCAUAUAUGAGAACUAUUUGGUCUUCUGCUGUUGGUUGGUUAAUAUUUGCCUGCGUGAACGGCUAUGGAGGUCCUAUAAACUGGUUUUUAUCACUUCACAUGUGGAAAUUGCCCGCUCGGCUCUCUUACGCUAUGUACCUGGUUCACUUCCCGAUCAUCAUGAUAGCCAAUGGCAGCUGGGUGAAGACCCAUUACUUCACAAAUGGUGAUAAUUUAUACAGAUUUAUGGCAGACAGACUUCUGGUUCACAUUCCUCGCUGCAUUUGUUUUGUGCAUCGCCAUAGACUUUUAAAAUGCUCCAUUCUCUACGUUGCAAAAACUUUUGUUGGGCGGAGGAGGAAAUAAAAGGCCAGCCCCAAAGGCAACUCACCAUAUACACGAGACAGAUCACAAGAUACGUUCGCCGUACAUAGAGACCGCAGAUAUAAAAACUUCGUUAUAACGUAGACAAAAAGUUAAAAAUUAACUGUAAAAAAAUAAUUAUUAUAAUUUAGGAUUAAGUUCCACAAAAAAAAAAACCGACUUCAUUUAUGGCAAAACUAAUUAUACGUAUUUUGCUUUGAUAACUAAACUAGUGAAUAGAGUUUGGUAAAGUUUCUAUGUUUUUUUUUACAACUUAGAAUCGCAAACAAGCUGACGGCCCACCUAAUGGAAAGUGGUAACCGUCGCCUAUAGACAUGAGCAGUACCAUGGACAUAACAGAGUAUACUGCUUCGCCCAUGAUACCCCCCACGCGUUGCCAUUCCUGAGGACUCGGGUGUUAUUCCUCUGUAACCUGUAAAUUCACAUUAACUGUCAAAAAAAAAUUAUAAUUUACAACCGAUUUUGAUAUUUUUUCUAUGGAACUAAUCUGCAAGUAUUUUCUUUCAAUUUUGGAAAUCGGUUUAUAAUUGACAGAUUUAUGAGCUAAAAAACUUAAAAAAAAAAACUACCGAAUUGUGAACAUCCUCCUCCUCCUUUUUUGAAGUCGGUUCAAAAUAGAAUAAUACAAAGAACUUGUGAUAUUGCGUAUAGUUAAAACUUAUGGGAACGUGGAAUAAAAUUAAAAUAUUUUAAAGUAUGUAUUAAGUAAACUAUUAAGUUAUGGGAUCUCGUGAUAGUAGUAAGUCAUAUUGUAUUAAAUUGUUUUUGUUUAGUAUAAUUUUUCUAUCUAAUGCAGUUUAUAUCUCUUAUUUUUUAGGAUUGUUGUCCUACAGAUAUUACAAUGCCAUAGAAUCAAAUAAUAUACUAAGUUUUCAAUAAAUAUAACUUAAAGCCGCUAUUAAAAAGUGUCUUGCAUAGUUUAAUUCAAAUUUUUAAAUUGAUGGUAACUCUAAACUUUUCUAUUGUAUUUAAAACCAUUACUAGAUUUUUUAUUAUCAAUAUAGUGACGAAUAGAUUUAAUGCGUUAUUUAUAAUAUUAGACACAAAAAACUUGUUUCAUUUCAAUGAGACAAAAUAAGCAGUCCAUCGAUAAGAGUUUACACUCUGUUGCUCUCUUCUUGGAGACUUCUUGGACUUGGAGUACCAUCUGUACUCGCUCCUGCAUGCGUCCGGUGAAGCUGUAAAAGCCAUCUGCGGUCAACAGCAAGAAAAGAUAAAAAAAAAGGAGUAAAUAUAAAAAAAAUUUGAUAAUUUUAAUAUUGGUGAACAAAACUCAAUGUUCUUGUGCAUAAUUGAGAAUAAAAGAUUAAAAAUAUGAACUUAAUUUAUUGUUACUAACAUAUAUUCAUAUAUUUUUAGUUAAAAUAUAUAAUAUUGAUAUUUUGUUAGUGGAUAUUGUUAUAGCAAUAAGUCGUAGUGAUAUUUGUAUUAUCACAUAAUGCAAAAUAUUAACAAAAUAUAUUUAUCAUUUUCA